GGCCGGUCGCCGAGGACCGGAGGGCGGAGCUUCGGCCCGAAGCCCGCCAGCAUGGGGGUGGGUCGAGGCACAGCUCCAACGCGAGCAGGUUGUCAGCAGUUGCCGCGGCAGUCACAAGGGAGCGGCCGAGCCUUUCCAGCCAGGGGCAAACCUCUGUGAGCGAGGUGGGCGGGCGGCACGGGGCCAUGGCCAGGGCGGGCAUGGAGCGGUGGCGCGACCGGCUGGCACUGGUGACGGGAGCCUCGGGGGGCAUCGGUGCCGCCGUGGCCCGGGCCUUGGUCCAACAGGGACUGAAGGUGGUGGGUUGUGCCCGCACCGUGGGCAACAUCGAGGAGCUGGCUGCCGAAUGUAAGAGUGCAGGCUACCCCGGGACUUUGAUCCCCUACAGAUGUGACCUAUCCAAUGAGGAGGACAUCCUCUCCAUGUUCUCUGCUGUCCGCUCUCAGCACAGUGGUGUGGACAUCUGUAUCAACAAUGCUGGCUUGGCUCGGCCUGACACCCUGCUGUCAGGCAGCACCAGUGGCUGGAAGGACAUGUUCAACGUGAAUGUGCUGGCACUCAGCAUCUGCACCCGGGAAGCCUACCAGUCCAUGAAGGAGCGCAGUGUGGAUGACGGGCACAUCAUUAACAUCAACAGCAUGUGUGGCCACCGAAUCCUACAGGACAGUGUGAUGCAUUUCUAUACUGCCACCAAGUAUGCCGUCACCGCACUGACUGAGGGACUGAGGCACGAGCUGCGGGAGGCCCAGUCCCACAUUCGAGCCACGUGCAUCUCUCCAGGCUUGGUGGAGACACAGUUCGCCUUCAAACUCCAUGACAAGGACCCUGAGAGAGCAGCUGCCACCUAUGAAUGCAUCAAGUGUCUCAAGCCUGAGGAUGUGGCUGAGGCAGUCAUCUACGUCCUCAGCUGUCCCCCACAUGUCCAGAUUGGAGACAUCCAGAUGAGGCCCACGGAGCAGGUGACCUAGUGUCCAGUGGGGAGCUCCUUCUCCCUGCCCCUCAUGGCUGGGCUCCUGCCUGUGGAUUUUAGGUGUUGGAUUUCUGGGUCCCUGCACCCCACUCUAACCCCCCCUCCCAAGGGCUAGAAAAUUUGUAUAAGAUUUUAAAUCAGCUUGUCAAAUUAUUUCCAAUGCAAAUGUGAAAAAAAAAUGGGUCAGGGAAAGGAGGUGGGGGGGGGGUCACUGAUUAUGUCACCUGUGAGUUCUGGGUCCUUUUCUUGGGCUCCUUGGCCUUUGUCUGCUCUCCUCAGAUCUCUUUCCUUUGACUUGGGAAUGGGGCUGUCCCUCUAUCUUCUUGGAUCCGGGGCUUCACCCUCAGGGUUGAGGUGGCAGCAAGAGGCCCUCACCCAUUGUUGGAGUGGUUAUCCAGGGUUCCAGGUGUCCUUCUCUCCCUGCCCCCACCCCCAGCUCUCCACUCCAAUCUUGGCUUCCUGCCCCUGGUGGGGUCAUCAUUCCCCUGUAUAACAGCUGAAUAUCAGGGCCUGGCUUCACUGUGAUAAUUAAAAAAAGAAAAAUCGCAGCAACCUA